AAGUCUUGUUUGCACUGUGUGCUCUGAACGCUCUGACCACUGCUGUGUGCCUGAUGGCAUCCGCGCUGAGAUACCUGCAGAUCUUCACGGCGAGGACACCCUGCAUGGACGAGCAAAGGGCCACAGCUGAAGAGAGGGAGGAGCCUGCUCAGGUCCCUGACCCAGAUGAGUUUGUGGCCCCAGCCCCUCCCCCCUCCUACUUCUCCACUUUCUACUCGUACACACCACGCUUGGCCCGCAGGAUCCUCGGGGACAGUGUGAUCCCUCUCCCUCACAUCUACGGUGCUCGAAUCAAAGGGGUGGAGGUCUUCUGUCCGUUGGACCCCCCACCUCCAUAUGAGGUUGUUGCUGGAAGCUCUGCCAAUGCACUUAUACAGGAGACAGAGAUUGCACUGACAGAGCUGACUAUAUACACGACGGCCUCUCCCUCAGAAGCCAGUGAUCCAGGUAGGACAUACUUACACACCAGGCCGAGUGUCGAUUGGCUGAUAACGGCUCUCAAUCUUUGUACUGCCCUUUGAUAGGAUGAUCAGGGGGAACAAAAACGCUGUAACAGUGGUUCUCCAGUGUCAUGUACUAACUCCUGCUGUAUCGUACUAUCAAGCU